AUAAAUGGAACACUCUGGCCGCUUGGUUGGUGGUUGUUGGUUUGUGCCCAGGAACUUGCAACAAUGAUCCGCUUUGCCUUCGCUGCUCUCCUCGUGGCUUACGUUCACGGCUGUGGAGACCCCACCAAUAAGCCUGUCCUCUCCAGGGUGGUGGGAGGCGAGGAUGCUCAACCCAACAGCUGGCCAUGGCAGAUCUCUCUCCAAGUGGCUCGAGACGGCAGUUGGUUUCAUACAUGCGGUGGAUCCUUAAUUGAUCAGAGAUGGGUUAUAACAGCAGCUCAUUGCAUUAGCUCCAAAAACAUCUACAGAGUAGCCUUGGGGAAACAUGUUCUCUCAGCAUCCGAGGAAGGCUCCAUGUUUGUUGACGUUGAGAAAACAUUUACUCACGAGAAGUUCAUCAUAAUCUUUGCUGUCAACGGCUAUGACAUCGCUCUCGUAAAACUCGCUGAGCCAGUUCCGCUGACUGACAAGAUCGAGUUGGGUUGCAUUCCCCCUGCGGAAUCCAUCCUCGUCAACAAUUACAGCUGUUACAUCAGUGGCUGGGGGCUGCUGCAGGCUGGAGGGUCUGUGUCUGACGUCCUACAGCAGGCUCUCCUCCCCGUAGUGGACUACCCCACAUGCUCGCUUCUGACCUGGUGGGGGCCAUUUGUGAAGGAGAGCAUGGUGUGUGCAGGAGGCGAUGGAGUGGUCUCAGGAUGUAACGGUGACUCGGGGGGGCCCCUGAACUGCCAGAAUGCUGAGGGAGCCUGGGAGGUUCAUGGCAUUGUGAGCUUCGGCUCAGCUCUCUGUAGCCACAAGAACAAACCCACUGUCUUCACCAGGGUCUCGGCCUACAACAACUGGAUCAGUCAGAUAAUGAUGAAUAAUUAAGUCUACCCACUCGGAGCCUAGCUGAGGAUUGUUAACACAUUCCUGUAAUAAAUGUACUCAAAUAAAAGUCCUCAUCACUUUGC